CAUACUCUUCCACCAAAUAUAUCUCUACAGCAAUUCAACAUUAAUAAUGAAGAGAUUCCUUAUAAUGUGGCUGCUUCUAAUCAUCAUUCUGCAAUUUCAUCAGGUUCUUUCCUCCUCCUCCUCAUCAUCAUCAUCUAUUUCUAUUUCUAAUUCUAAUCAUCUAUGUCCUCAUCAACAACGUCUUAUUUUGCUCCAAUUCAAGCAAAUGUUUAUAACAAUUGCUGAUGAAAGCCUUUGUGGUUAUUUUCAUAAUGAACCAUUUUAUCCAAAGACUCUGUCUUGGAAUGAGAGUAGCACAAAUUGCUGCUCAUGGGAUGGAGUCACAUGCGAUGAUCUUACCGGCAAUGUCAUCGGCAUUGAUCUCAGUUGUAGCCAACUUUCUGGAACCUUGCAUCCAAACACCACUCUCUUCCAGCUUCCCUUAAGAAGUCUAAACCUUUCUUACAACAACUUCCAACAGUCUCACAUACCAUCUUCUAUUGGCAUGUUGGCACCCACCCUCACACAUCUUAACAUUUCCACUUCCAAUAUCUCAGGUCCAAUCCCAUCGGAGAUCGCCCACCUCUCUAAACUAGUUGUCCUUCGUCUUAGUGAGGUUGAUUAUGAUCCUUAUGGUAAUGUAAGCACACACUCAUUAAGGCUCGAACAACAUAACUUUCAGAACAUCAUUAGUAACCUGACACAGUUGGAAAUCCUAGAUCUCCGUUAUAUAAACAUUUCUUCUUCCAUUAUUCCAGAUUUCAUAGUGAAUCUAACUUCCUUGACAUCUCUCAAUUUUAUCGGCAAUAUUGGGUUGUAUGGACAAGUGCCUGAUGGUGUUUUCAACCUACCAGCCUUACAAAUACUAUUCAUAUUUGGGGACUACGGACUCAAGGGAAGCUUCCACAAUGUGAACUGGAAUAUUAGUUCUCCUUUUAAGCGGCUACAACUUUCUAACAUAAGUUUAUCUGGUGGUUUACCCGAUUCAAUUGGUUAUCUUCGCUCAUUAUACUACUUGAGAAUUGAUUAUUGCAAUCUUUCAGGAUCCCUUCCCGGUUCAAUUGGAAACCUCUCCCAACUUAUUGGUUUGUCAUUAAGUUACAACAAUUUUACUGGUAUCAUCCCUCGUUCUCUUCCAAAUCUAAAUGAACUCAAAUUUGUGCUUCUAUCAAAAAAUCAUUUAGAAGGCUCAAUUCCUGUUGGUCUAUUUGGGCUUCCAUAUUUAGAUGACCUGAGGCUAGACAACAACAUGCUUUCUGGUGCACUGUCAUCUAUCUUCUUUCCGCAAUUCAUAUCAAAUUUGACAAAACUUCGUAUACUCGAUUUAUCUUCCAAUAAUUUUGAUGGCUCAUUAUACCUUGAUACCUUUUCAAACGCAAAACAUCUAAGGACUAUUGAUUUGAGCAAUAAUGGAAACUUGUCAGUAGUAGACGCUGAUGGCAAUUUCUCUAGCAUUUCUUCACUCCGUUUGUCUUCAUGUAAACUACAAAACAUUCCUAUUAAGUUUUUGAAGACUUCAAAAAACCUCACAGAACUUUAUCUUUCCAACACUGGGGUUAGUGGACAAAUACCUGAAUGGAUUGGAGAAAUGAGCAACAUGAUCAUAUUUCGUGCAUCCAAUAAUAAAAUUAAAGGAGAGAUCCGUUCUUCUAUAUGUAACAUGAGCUCUCUCGAGAUACUUGAUUUGUCCCAGAAUGAGCUUGAAGGUCAGAUUCAUCCAUGUUUCGGAAAUUUCAGCACGGCACUUUCAGUAUUAAACCUUCGAAAUAAUAAUUUCCGCGGCGGGAUUCCAGAACCAUAUGCAGAGGACAACGUGCUUAGCGUACUUGCAUUGAAUGGGAAUGGUUUACAAGGACCAAUACCAGAAUCACUUUCACGCUGUAAGAACUUACAAGUGUUAGACGUUGGAAACAAUAUGAUAAAUGGAACAUUUCCAAUUUGGGUGGAUGCUCUUCCAGAGUUAGAGGUCCUUGUGUUGAGGUCAAAUAAAUUUCAUGGCUUCCUUGAAUUUUCAAAGACCCCAUCUCCUUUUCCUAGAUUGCGCAUUUUCGACAUAUCCCAUAAUGAGUUCACUGGCCCAUUGCCAUCAUAUUAUUUUAACAACUUCAAUGCUAUGAAGACGGUGAAUCAAAACCGCACAAAUCUGACACCCUUUGCAAAUGGUUAUGAAGUUUCUGUUACAAUGACAAUGAAAGGCUUUGAUGCUCGCAUCGAAGGAUUUAUCUUACAAUCUCGGACAAUAAUUGAUUUGUCAAGCAAUAAGUUUGAGGGCGCCAUUCCGGAUGUUGUUGGAAAAUUAUUUGGACUCACAAUGCUGAAUAUUUCCAAUAAUCGGCUUAGCGGACAUAUACCUGUCAAAUUGGGAAAUUUAAUUCAGCUCGAACAAUUGGAUCUAUCUUCAAACCAUCUUACUGGAGAGAUACCUCAAGAACUUACAAGUCUAACAUUCCUUGCAGUUCUGAAUCUUUCUUGCAAUGCACUAGAAGGACACAUACCUCAGGGUAAACAAUUCAACACAUUUUCAAACACUUCUUACAUGGAGAACGUGGCAUUAUGUGGACUUCCUUUGUCAAGAAAAUGCGAAGGGCAUGAAAUACCAAUACCAUCACCAAAUGAUGAUUCUGAAAAUGAUGAUUCAGAUUAUGCAUUCAUGAACGGGUUCACAUGGCAAGCUGUUUUGAUGGGGUAUGCCUCUGGAAUGAUAAUCGGGUUAGGUGGAGGUUGUCUUUCGUUCUAUACGGGAAGACCUAAAUGGUUUGCCACAAUGAUCGAUGAAGAGGGAUAUAAAAUCAUCAAGAAAUAUAGACGAGUGAGGAGAUUGUCCAGUAAUCUGAGAUUACAUUAAUUUUCAGGUACUACAACAUACAUGUUCUUCAAGGUUUCGAGUUUACUAGUGCAGGGUCAUUUUCACUCGGUUUUGUUUACUACUUAAAUGUUUUAGUUUUACAUUAAUGAAAUAAUGAUGUUACCUUUGAUAAGAAAAUAAAUUGUGACAAGAUUAUGUUUAUAGAACUUGAAUCUUAUAUUUUAAAUAUUGUAAUGCGAUUGUAUAUGCUUUUGUCGUUGUGUUUAAACGACAUUGUAUCAACAUGUAAGCAGACGAAUUAUUCUGUUUUUCAGAUUA